AUGUCCGAAGUACUUACGUUCAGCUCGAACGAAAAAUGCCAGAAGAAGAACUGUGCUCAGUUGCAAAUCCAUUCAUGUCCGCGACAGGUGCCAUGUGGCGGUUGCCGGCCUGAUGGACGCACAGCAGUGGACUGGUUGGCAGUGCGGAAAGUAUUGUCGUCGUCAGCCGUCGUCCCUCAGCCUCGUACGCACGCAUGCACGCACGCACGCACGGUGAUGGUCACGCUGAAGAUCGAGUACGUGUACCAGUGGCCGUGUGACGCGCCGCGGCGGCAAGUGGAGAGCGGCAGAUGGUUGGACGAACGGAAGGACGGCUGGCUGGCUGACUGGCGACGGGCGACGGGCGACAGGCGGCGAGUGGCGUGCGUGAGCAACGAGUACGGUGAUCAACGCCGUCGAAAAGUCAUUAGUCCGUAA